AUGGUUUUUCAAGAGGAUGAAGAUUAUGUGAAUUUUCAGCCUGGUGGAACACAUAAAAAGAAAAUAACCAAACCAGAAUAUACAGCGGAAAACCAACAAGAAAAUAAAAAAUUUGGAAAGUGGAAUACCGUUCGUAAAUUUGUGAACAAAGCAAGUCAGCAUAUUAAUAGUUCACAGAUGUUGAGGUUAUCUAGCAUUUUCUCUAUAUUAGCUCAACAUCAUAAAAAUGUCAUCACAGCCGGUGAUAUACUACUGACAAUGAGAGCAUUAGGCGAUGCAUUAACAGAAGCUGAACUACAAGAUUUGAUCUUUGAAUUAGAUAUUGACCGAGAUGGCAAAUUAGAUUUUGCAGAAUUAUGCGCUUUUGUUGUCGAACGAAUAUAUAGAAAGAAAUUAGAUCAUGAUUUUAAAGAGUUAUUUCGAAUACUUGAUCAAGAUGGCGAUGGAAAACUGUUAAAAGAUGAUGUACGCAAUAUUUUACGCUAUUUCGGACUAGACUUCAAAGAUGAAAUAAUUGAUGGUAUUGUGAAAACAAUCGCUGGGUCUGAAAAUAACUUUAUUACCUAUUCAGAUUUGUUAAAGUUUAUCAUAGAUCCAGAGAAAGAUUUUACUAUCACUGAAAUCUUGAGCAAUCCUUUAUAA